GUUAUGGACACAAGAUGAUUGUGAUCUAUAUGCUACGCUAAUUCGGAAUAAAGCCAUGAGUGAUUGAUACACAUAUCGGCGCGUAGUGCAGCAAUGUAGGUAGGAUUUCAUUAGGAUCUACGAGUUAGGACCAAAGUAGCAAAAGAGAGAGAUAGCAAGGGCCGCCGGCCAGCUACAUGGGCUUUGAUGCCAAGGAACGGAUUGUUUAGAAGCAACGUACCCCAGCUCAAGCCGUAGCAUUGCAGCCAAGUCACUCAAAUCUUCGAACCACAUCACACUCCUCGUCUCUUUCCCUCCCACACAACACACACAUAUAUAACCACAUGCAUGCUCAUGCUCACCACCACAACUCACUGCACCAUCUCCUCUCACUGCACCUACACCAGCAGAGCAUCAUACAACUAGCUCAUCCGGCAAUGGCUUUCAACCCCAACCCUCCAGGCCUCGGUUUCCCCUUCCCCUUCUUCCCUCCACCCAACACCUACGCUCCUCCAAACCCUUUUGGUCCAAGGCCACCAAGCCCUUUCGGUCCAAGGCCUCCGCCACGCCCUCAAGCGCCACCACCGCCACGACAGCCUGCGCCGCCCGUUCAGCCCCCACCACGCCCUCAAGCCCCGCCACCACCACGGCAGCCUGCGCCACCCAUUCGACCCCCGCCGCCUCCACGUCGGGCUCCUCCGCCACCAACCCAGCCUCCUCCUCCCCGCCGUGCUCCACCUCCGCCACAGCGUGCGCCACCACCACCACCACCGCGUCGUGCUCCACCUCCACCCUCACUACCGCCACCUCAUCGUACUCCACCCCCACCAUCACCACCCAUUCGCCCACCGCCACGCCCACUAGCCCCACCUCCGCCACAUAUCAACCCACCAACACCUCCUCCUAGCCCUCCACACCACAUGGUCAUCAUCGUGGUGUUUGUCUCCUUAGGCGGGCUCCUCCUGCUUGCAUGCCUAGCUGCCUUCUGCUUGCACAAGAAAAAGAAGAGGAAGACAGAAAGGAAGGCCGAGGUAUUGAACUUCAGCGACCAUGUCCAUGUCCACAAGUCAGCCAUGUCAGGCCCUGGGGGCUCCAAGGCCGUCAGGCUGACAGUUGACGAGGACGUCAAGUUCCAAGAGGUGGUGAAGGAAUCAGAGGCCGUCGGCAAAGAGUCAGGCACCGCCCACAACGCCUGGAUGUGGAACAAGAAACAGAAGAGCAAAGCAAAGCAAGAUUCAGAGGUCAUCAACGUCACCGGACACAUCCAUGUCGAUGAGAAGAUUGAGUCAGGGCCCCACGGCGAGAAAAUCGAGGUCCUUUCAGAAGAUGAAGAUAUCAGGUUUGAAGAGGCAGACAACAAAGAAGAAUCAUCUGCAAAAUCAAAGGCACGCAUUACCAAGUUCUAAGACAACAGCACAAUGCGCCAAGAUGGCCUGCACCGAAAACACUUCAGCAGGUCAAGGCAAUGAUCCAAUCCAUACCCACACUGAUUUCAUGCAUUUAUUAUUUUGAUAAAGACUGUAUCUUCUUUCGUGUGAUUGAAAUAAGGGCAUCAGAGACCCAAUUUGGUUGAAUGAAUAUGCAGAGUAUUGCUGUCAGCGGUUACAUA